AUGGCAAACAAGCAAUAUAAAUUCCGACUGUUCCCAUCAGACGAAGGAGAUUCGAUAUAUGUCGGCGAGUUGCUCGAGGUAUCCGAAGGCACAGGAUAUGAUGGGAUCACCGUACCACCCAAACUCCAGUUUCGUUUAGGGAAAAAAAGUAAUGAAUAUAUUGGAGAAGUUUUGGAUGAUAAACGCUAUUUGGAAGCGAACGAUUAUAUAAAAAAGGAGAACGAUAAAGAGGAAGGUGCUGAUAACGAUAAAAGCAAUACCAGCCAAAAGGAAGGUUCCAGCCCGGAUUCUGAUUCAUCGCGAACGAUGCAAUCUGAACAAUCCUACACUGCAAUUAAAUCACCAGAGCCGCAACAUUCUCUCCCAUGCCUUCCUUCCGAGUUGAACGUUCUAGAUGAAGCUCCAUUCAAAUUGGAGGAAAUAUAUAUGACGAAUAAUCGACGACCUGCGAUUGAAAUUGGGAAGCUGCCGUUGAGUAUCAGAUACGAGGUCUUUCGAUGGAUAUUUGACCACCCAGAACCUGACCGUGGCUUUGAGAAUAUAUUGGAAAUCCCGGAAGGAUGGGUCUCCAGUCUUGAGGACCCGUGGAUAUCUUGA